AAGCAGAAGGUGGAGGUAAUGCACCUUAAUGCUAAGAAGAAGUUCUUCAAACGACGGACAGCAUUUUGUACGGACACUUGAACCGGAACUGAUCUCAGCGUAACAGUUGAAUUGCUGCGGACUGGCUCUCUGCAAGUUUUUCACAAUGUCUGCUAAAUUAAAUGCUUUGCAUAGCGACUCUUACGUUGAUAUUAGUCAAUACAGAGACCAACAUUUUAAGGGUAACCGCUAUGAUCAGGAAAAGCUGCUGAAGCAGAGCAACACUUUGUAUGUUGGGAAUCUGUCCUUCUACUCCACCGAGGACCAGGUACACGAUAUAUUUUCUAAAAGUGGAGACGUCAAGCGCAUCGUCAUUGGACUGGAUAAAGUGAAGAAGACAGCCUGCGGAUUCUGCUUUGUAGAAUACUACACACGUACAGGUGCAGAAAAUGCCAUGCGCUUCAUUAAUGGCACACGGCUGGAUGACCGUAUCAUCAGGACCGAUUGGGACGCCGGCUUCAAGGAGGGACGGCAGUACGGCCGGGGCAAAUCUGGAGGACAGGUGAGAGAUGAGUACAGGCAGGACUACGACCCAGCCAGAGGCGGCUACGGUAAGCUGGCUCAGCAGCAUCGAUCCACAGAGGCACAGAACAGCUUUUAGACUGAACCCCACCACAGCAGUCUGCCUGGACAUCACAGAGCUUCAGCCUCAGUCGUUGACCAGAUGACAACAAUGCUACUUAAUGCUACCACAGACAGUUUGUCCCAGUGUUACCAUUCAAACUCUACAGCCGGUCUGCACGGACCACUGGACCCCGGAAAUGUGCUGUUGUUCAUUUUUUUUUUUUUUUUUAAUUCAGACUUUCGUACCUGCUUUCAGUCUACAUUGUAGCACAAGCCAAACACAAAUGUUACUGUGUGAUAUUUAGUGAUGUUUUCCUUGCGCAUAGACAUACCACACAUUUCCCUACAGGCUGGGAAAGGCUCUAAAUGCAUGUAGUGACUGAGUUGAUGAUGUGUCAAAUAUCAAGACAAAAUGAUAGGUUGUGUUUCCAUGUUGGGUCAAAAAUAAUACUCUGCUGAAGUAAUAGAAAGGAUGCAUUCUGUUAUCUUACUGGUUUCCACAAAUGAAACUUUGUGUCCCAAAUUGGGUAUACUUUUUUUAAAUAAAGACAAGUGGUAUUUUCUUUUCCUAAUCACAAUGUCUGAGGUCUGAUGAUCCAACGGUCUACGUUUAAUUUGGUAAAUGUCGUUCAAUUUAUGCAUUUUAGGGGAGAAUAAAUACAUCUUACAUUAAUACA